GAGGUAACGAAGUAGAUCUCUAGAGCUGAUCAUCGAAUCAUCAAUAAGAAUUAGUCAUGAACGUAAGUGUUGUGGCAGUGACAUCUCCCUCAUGUUCACAUCUUCGCCUAAAUAGCUUGUUGAAGCAGGGCAGAAGCAGAGGCUUUCAAUAUGGGAAAGGUGUCUUCCUCGUCCCUGAACGGAAUCUAGUGCCGAGUUCAUCAGCCCGGCAAAAAUAUCGCAGCUUUACUAUUAAGGCUCAGCAGACGUACCAUUCACAAAUCACCAUUCCAGCCGACAUGCCUCUCUUUGAAUCCCCUCAUGCUUCUUUCGACAGGUACAUGGAGGACAAACCAAGAGUCUUUAAAGCUAUUUUUCCAGAGAACAGAGGAACCCAACGUCUUAAUGAGGAAGAAUGGAGAAUCCGAAUGGAACCAAUAGCAUUCUUGUUCCUCAAAGCCUGGCCUGUUGUUAACAUGAGAGUUAGAUGCAAAACAAAAGGAAAAGAGUACCCUUCUGGCGUUCCAACACAUACCUCUAUGGUCCUUGAGCUCAAAAUUACAAAAUGGGAUCUAGAAGGGGUAACAGAGGAGAGAAAUAAGCCAUCAGAAUUCAGGCUUAAUAUGGAGGGAGUACUGUACCCUGAUAGAAAAGGAACAAGAAGCAGAAUCAAAGGUCAUUUCAAUAUGAGCCUUAGCUUCGCUCCGCCUCCCAUGCUUGCUUUGAUCCCUCCACAUGUUCAUCGGGAGGUCACACAAUCGGUUAUGAAGAACAUGGUGGAGAGCAUGGAGCAUAAAGUAAGAAAUAAUUUGCUCGCCGAUUACGCUAAAUUCAAGAAGGAAACCCCCCAAAAUUUGUCUCCACAUAAGUAAAACUUUUCAUUUGAGAAAAAUAAGAGAAACGAGAAAACCUCUUCUUUUGUUUUCUUACUGAAGAGCUCUGGUCCAUCAAGUGUGAGUUUUCGUUUGCGUGGCCUUUUGUAUCUGGUCAACUAAUCAAACGAACACUGAACAUUAUUGGUGCGUAUACUCCUUUGUUACUAGUAAUCUCGUGCCCGCAAAAGGAAACAAGCACAAUUGUCUCCCUCA